AACUUGCUGACAGACAUGAUGGCCAUGUCACCUGAUGGAUUUCAAAGUUAUGUAUUGGUGAUUUGUAUUGGAUGUUGCUUGGCAUGUAUAGGUUAGACAAGGCAGACAAAGUAAUGUAUUUGUGGCUUGUGUUCAAUGCGUUGUUUGCUGUGACGUCAAACACCGUGGCAAAGUAUAUAGAUGAAAGUGAAUCUUGUCGGCGUUUCAAACAAAAUGGAAUAUUGCCUGUCAUAAAAUACUUCGCCGAUCCAUACCCCUUAGUAACCAAGGAUACCAAUGUUUCACUGUCUUGCACCGCGAUCAUCGUAAAAGAAAAGAACCCAAAUGAAGAAAACGAUCCCGAUUUGCUGGAGACGAUUCACUUCUAUCGCAAUAAUGCAGCUCCGGGUUUUCAUAAUUGUGACUGGCGGGGGAAAAUGGCGACUAAUGGUACCUGCCAUGUCACCGUGACGGAUGUGAAACAAAAUGAUACGUUUAAAUGUGUUAUCCAUGGAACAUUUAAUUUAUGCAAUGCUGCUUCAAUCAUGUUUGACGUAAGAGUUACUACAGCCGCUGCUUUGCACAGUUUGUGGCCAAUCGUAAAGUUUGUAGGAGAGGAAGAAGUUAAAAUAGUCUGCAUUUCUUCUGGACUACCUAAGCCCAUCGUAUAUUGGCUGGUGAACGGUUCUUUCGUGUCAAAAUCGAAGACAAUGUUUCCAGUCAUAGGGACUGCUACACAACAAGAAAAGGUUAAAAAUGGCAGCAAUGUAUAUUAUGUCACCUCAACCAUUAGUAUCAUUUAUCGACAAAAUCCAAUUCGUGUGCAAUGCUUUGCAAAUAAUUCUGCCGGUGAAGUUCGCAGUAAUAACGCUUCUCUAUUGGACAUGAAAGUUGAAGAUCUCACGCCCACUAUUUGGAAAGCGUCUUGGAGCAACGUCUUUUUUGACGACAGACAUGACAACGUUACAACUUAUAACGCUUCAAUUAGCUGCAGUAAAGAAUUUUCGCAAGAUAUUAUGGUGAUCAAUGAUCAGAGUGCCACAUUUACACUCACAAAUCCAUUUCUCGGUAAAUGUCAGAUUAAAGUUAGCUCACUUAACGACAACGGAGAUGCUGCUUUUGGACAAAUAGCAUUCAUUUCAGAGCGAUUUCCGCCACCAGAGAACGUUAUGAUUUCAAAUAUCACCGAGUCAUCUGUUGUUCUUCGAUGGACUCCGAUCAACAAACAGCAAUGGAAGCAUAACGUGAAUGGUUACAAAGUCAUCCUGAAAAGCAAAAUAGAAAUAGUUGAUUAUAGACUUGCGAGCAAUAGUUCUGAGUUAAUGCUCAGCAAACUGCAGCAUGCAACGGGUUAUAAUGUUUCCGUAACAGGAAUUGGUGACAUCUUCGAGGGAAAACAAAGUGAAUGGAUUUAUUUCAAAACAAAUGAUAUGAUUGCGAAAAAAAGAAAUAAAUUAUCAACAACAGAGAGCAAUGAUUUCAAAUCAUUUAUAGUCAUUAUACCGUCUUGUGCAGUCGUUGUUGCUUUUCUCAUAACAUUUUGUGUUCUUCUCAAAUAUUUUCGAAAGCACAAACAUGGAUUGUCGAAAGAAAAUACGCCGGAUGAGAUGGAGAAUGCUCGACGAGCUUCCCAGGAUAAUCUCAGGAUUCUUUUUCCAGAGUAUUUUGGAGACGAGGCAACAGAAGCCGAAGACAUUUCAAGAUGGGAAAUCGAAGCCAAUCAGUUGGCGAUAUUUGAUCAUGUUCUUGGAGGUGGACAAUUUGGCGUAGUAAAAGAGGGUUUACUGUUGAGUAAAGAUGGACCUAACGCAAAUAACAACGACAUUCCCGUGGCAAUUAAGACUCUCAGAGCCAAUCGUGGCCAAAGUGAUUGGUUUGAUUUGAUGCGAGAAUUCGAGAUUCUGCAGCAUUUAAACAUCACUGGUCAUGAAAACGUAGUCAAACUCUACGGGGCCUGUGCACAAGAAGUUCCUAUCAUGUUGGUUAUGGAAUAUUGUAAAAAUGGAAACCUAAAAGAUUUCUUAAUAAACAGUCAAAUGUAUCCAGAUUCCGAUGAAAGCUACACAAAUAUCUACUCAAAGCUUACAGAAAGGCAACUCCUUACUUUUGCCGUGGAGAUAUGCAAAGGCAUGAUAUACUUGGAUGAACAAAAGGUUGUGCACAGGGAUAUUGCGAGUCGCAACAUCCUCCUUACUGAGAAACUUGUACCAAAAAUCUCAGAUUUUGGACUGGCACGAAAACUUGACGUCACACGUCACUAUAUUGUCAACAAGAAUAAAAUGCUGCCAGUAAAAUGGAUGUCGAUUGAAUCUUUGUUAUAUGGGCGAUUCACUUCGGAGUCUGAAAGAUGGUCAUACGGGAUACUAUUGUGGGAAAUUUGUACUCAAGCUCAGGAACCUUACAGUGAUCUAUCGCCUUAUCAUAUCGUCGAUUAUCUCGUUGAGGGUAACAGAAUGGCCUGUCCACCUCAUUGCAACCAAGAAAUAUAUUCAUUGAUGUCAGACUGCUGGUCACACGAUCCAGAGAACAGACCUAGUUUCUCAGAAAUUUACCGGUCACUGAACGAAAUGCUGACAUGUAAUGAGAAAUGUUACAUCAACAUAGAAAUUUUUCACGAUACGAAUGAACCAAUGACGUCAGAAUCGCGAAGUCCUUCCGGAGACCUAACGACAAGUCUAGCAGAUUCUGCGAUCGUGAUCAAUGACAACACAAUUGGUAGCAAUUCUGAGUCUAAUGUCAUAUUUGAUACAGCUGUUUGAAGUUGAAGUCGAAUAUUACCCAGUGAAAAUUAAAAAAAUAUUCUGUUGUUAGCUACUUUCAUAGACAGCGAAAAAAAAGACAAGAUUAAACUGUUGAUACACUUAAACUUUCUUCCUUUAUUUCGGGUAUAAAAAUUGAAACACACAUACGACUAUAUGACUACACAAUCAAGGUAAAGAGAAAAAUCAGGGAAUCACGAUUAAUGCCAAAAACAAUAUUCUAAUUUUUCAGCUGCGUCAUACUGGACUAUGUCAAUAAUAUUGUUAAGUAUUACGUCAUGCGAUUGUAUUUUUAACUCAAAAAUCAUACUGAGCUUUGCCACUUAAAUAUCCUUCAUAGAACUUCGAAUGUUUUUCUGUAGAGUGUUGUGUUGCUUUCACAGCAGAAUCAUUUUUCAUUAAAUUAAACCAGUUACUAA